UUUAUCAACACGGCCACAGCGAGCGCCGGCAAAACGUUCGAAAACCGGUGGAGCAAGAAAAUUGUUCUCCGGAGCCUCCCGGACUCGUCUAAAAUGUCACGGAUCUUCCGAUCUCUGGUGCAGAUUUCCCGUUUAGGGACACGCCGCGCGAGUACAACGAGAAGAAUCAAUGUAACCAAACCGGUGGUCGAGUUGGACGGUGAUGAGAUGACGAGGAUAAUCUGGGAGUUCGUGAAGGAUCGUCUCAUAUUCCCAUAUGUGGAUGUCGACUGUAAAUAUUAUGACCUCGGACUCGAAUACAGAGAUGAAACCAAUGACCAGGUCACAAUAGACGCCGCCAAUGCUAUUCUCGAACACAACGUCGGCAUCAAGUGCGCCACGAUAACGCCCGAUGAAGCUCGCGUGAAGGAAUUCAACCUCAAGAAGAUGUAUCCAAGUCCCAAUGGAACGAUCCGGAAUAUCUUGGGAGGCACUGUGUUUAGGGAGCCGAUCCUUUGUUCGAACAUCCCGCGCCUGGUCCCAGGCUGGAAACAACCGAUUGUCAUCGGCCGACACGCAUUCGGAGAUCAAUACAAAGCCACAGACCGUGUGUUCGGGAAACCAGGCAGACUUGAAAUGGUCUUCACCCCCGCAGACGGCGGUGCGGAGGAGCGCGCGAUAGUAUAUAAUUUCGGAGAUGGGGGGGUCGGACUCUGCAUGUACAACACCGAUGAAUCGAUCAGAGGCUUCGCGCAUUCGUGUUUCCAGUACUCUCUGAUGAAGAACUGGCCUCUGUAUCUCAGCACGAAGAACACGAUUCUCAAGGCGUACGACGGUCGUUUCAAGGACAUUUUUCAGGAGGUUUACGAUGAAAAAUACAAGUCAGACUUCGAGAAGCAGAAAAUUUGGUACGAGCACCGUUUGAUCGAUGAUCAGGUUGCGCAAAUGCUCAAGUCAUCCGGUGGUUUCGUGUGGGCCUGCAAGAACUAUGACGGCGACGUACAGAGCGACAUCAUUGCCCAGGGUUUCGGCUCGUUGGGUUUGAUGACUUCGAUUCUGGUCUGUCCCGACGGUAAGACAAUAGAGUCCGAAGCAGCCCACGGAACCGUCACUCGACAUUACCGAAUGCACCAACAAGGUAAACCCACAAGCACAAACCCUAUCGCGUCCAUUUUCGCCUGGACGAGAGGACUGUCGCAUCGCGCUAAGCUGGAUAACAAUGCCGAGUUGACGAAAUUCUGUGAAUCGCUCGAGAGGGCGUGUAUCGAUUGCGUAGAGAACGGAGAGAUGACGAAAGAUCUUGCAAUUUGUAUACAUGGUAUGAAAAAUGUGCAAGAAUCGCAUUACCUCAAUACCAUGGACUUUUUGGAGGCGAUAGCCGCCCGCCUCGACCGCUCGCUGAGAUAGACUGUAAUGAGCUUCAGAAUUACGGAAGUGUGUUGACUAUAAGUAGAUAUACGAUGAAAAUAUUCUAGAAUAAACGAGAUGCAAUGGUGU